AUGCUGGCAUGUAUCACAGAAUCCGAACCUUUCUGCCUUGUUGCCGAGUUUUGUAGCGACAGUGAUCUACUCAAUUUUCUGCGAGAACGUUGCAAAUACAUGAUCAAAGAUGGUAACUACAACAUCGAUAUGAUAGUCACCUUGAAACAACUGUUGGUGUUUGCUGUGCAGAUUUCUUACGGUCUUGAGUACUUGUCUACCAGAGGAUUUGUCCAUCGUGACAUUGCGGCUAGAAAUAUACUCGUUAUUGGGAAAAACUCGUGCAAUAUUGGUGACUUUGGACUUUGCCGGAAUUUGUAUUCGGACAGUUCACUUUAUAGAAGCAAGGGAGGACGUUUACCGCUGAAGUGGAUGUCACCAGAGGCGAUACGACAUUAUAAGUUCUCGACACAGAGUGAUGUGUAG